GGGGGUGGGGGGGUGUCUGCAGGGCUCGAGAUCCUCAGGGGUCCGCGCAGAGACAGGAACUGUGGGGUGCGGAACCAGAACAGAAACUCCAGCUAGGUACAAUGCCCAGUGUUUAAACCCACGUGUACUGGGGAGCUACCAGUGGGGUAUUAACAACAGCAGGAUCAAGGUACCCAGAUGAAAAUAAAAGAAGAAGAGACUUCUGGGUGAGGAAACAAGUAGAAGAAAGGGGAUGCUAUGUUACCUGAGAGAGAAAAUGACUGAAUAGCUGUGAGAGCUGGCAGCCCUGGGUCUCCAAGUUCAGGCAAAGCUUCGCAAGAGGGCGAGUCCAACAUCAAAAAUGGAGAAACAGGCACCAGAAAGCCUGGCUCCGGGAGAAGGAUUGGAGGGAACAAGAAGAGACAAUUUUGCUAUCCAUCCUGGGGCUAUCAGGGAACUACCUCGCUGGGCGGCAGUACGACAGCAGGGAAUACCUCACCACCUGGAAUCCCAGUGGCAGGAUUUCCUGAAAACCAUUCAGUCCCCUUCUGUAGGAUGGGGAAAUCCACAGCUGCCAGAACUGGCAUCCUGGGAUGACCUGGUACACUUUGAAAGAGUGUUUGGUGCCUGCCAUUGGCCUAGAGGAGAGGGGGUAACCCGGUUCAUGCCAGCCUUCAGUGCAGAAGCCCAGCAAGCCUUCAGCAUCUUGAAUUCUAGAGACAAAACAGACUAUGGGAAAGUAAAAGCUGCCUUCCUGCAAGGAAACUCCACCAGCACAGAAAUACAUCGCCAGCGCUUCAGAAAGUUCUGCUAUCAAGAGGCUGAGGGACCUCGUGAAGUUUGCAACCGCCUGAGGGAACUCUGCCACUGCUGGCUUGAGCCGGAGAGUCGAACAAAGGAGCAGAUCAUAGAGCUGCUAAUCUUAGAGCAGUUCUUGAACAUCCUGCCACAGGAAAUCCAAAGCCAGGUCAAGGAACGUAGCCCUGAGACCUGUGCCCAAGCAGUGGCCCUGGCUGAAGGCUUCAUUUUAAGACGGCAGGAAGGCGAACAACCAGAGAAGCAGAGGCCUGAGGCAUUCCAAGGUGUAGCUGUGGAUUUUUCUGAAGUCCAGAGAUCUUCGUUGGAUGUCAGGCAGAGGCCACUUAGCAGAGAGGCCAGGAAGCAAGAUAACUGCAGCACCAGGUCUUUGGGAACCAAGAUCACAAAUAAAACUGAGGAGAACUUUGAACAUCAAGAGUCCAGGGAAGAGGAGGUAACUGCAGCCCCAGAGGGAACUCAAAGAAAAGAGAAGUCUCACCUUUGCAUCGAGUGUGGGAAAAGCUUUACACGUCCCUCAGACUUGGCGAAGCACCUGAAUGUCCACACAGGAGAAAAGCCCUACCUGUGUGUCGAGUGUGGGAAAAGCUUUAGUCAGCUGUCUCACCUUACCAGACAUCAAAAAAUCCACUCAGGGGAAAAACCUCACAUCUGCUCAGAGUGUGGAGAUACAUUCAGCCAACGAGCGUAUCUUGUCAGUCAUCAGAGGAGCCAUUCUGGAGAGCAGCCGUACCGUUGUUCAUACUGCCAGAAGUGCUUUAGCCAUCAGUCAGCUCUCAAGAUACAUGAGCGGAACCACAUGGGCCAAAAACCCUAUGCCUGUGUGGAUUGUGGGAAGCGCUUUGUGUCCUCUUCCUCUCUCACAACCCACCGGAGGAUCCACACAGGAGAGAAGCCUCAUGCCUGCAGUGUGUGCGGGAAAAGAUUCAUCCAGCAUUCCAAUCUCGUGUCACAUCAACGAACCCACUCAGGGGAAAAGCCAUUCUCCUGUAAAGUGUGUGGGAGGAGAUUUGCUUACCCUUCUGAUCUGACAAGGCACCAAAAAAUCCACACUGGAGAAAAGCCCUACCCUUGCGAUGAGUGCGAGAGACGAUUCACCAGGCUGUCUGACCUUAUAACACAUCAGCGAAUCCACACAGGAGAAAAACCAUACCGCUGCCUCGAGUGUGGUAGGAGGUUCCGCCAGAGGGGAGUACUGGUCAAACACCAGAAGUGCCAUUCGAAAGAGAAUCCAAAAGGAGGCGAAUCUGUCCAGCUCACAGAGUCACAGACAGACAGCGAAUUCAAAGCCCAUGAGAUGAAGCAGGAGAAAGACGAUUUAGAAAACCUGGCAGAUUCCAGCAUGAUCCCUUUUCCCAGUUCUUGAUCCCUACCAUUCCUGCUCAACAAAGGCCCAAAGUGAGUCAAGGUAUUUUAAGCUACACAAAAGGUCUCGCUUUGCUCCUCCUGCAGAAAAAUGAUAUGUUCUUUACUGGUGCUGAGCGACUGGUUGUGAGAACAAGUGUCCAUUCUUCCUCUCCUGCUUAGACUGUUGUGAACAGUAUGAGCAGAUCACUCUGGAGCCUCCUGUCUGUUCAGGAGUGACAGGGAAUGAGGAAUAGUUCUGCCCUUUCCUCCUGCCCUUUGCUGACCCCUCCUGCUGCCAUUCUGAUCAUCAGAAGAAGCUGAAACGAUGCAGUUUGCUCCACAAGCAGCAAUGGGGAUAAGGUUCUCCCUAGUAGCUGGCUUGUCUUCCUUGGCUGGAUGAAACCAGAACAGAAUUCUUCUCUUUGAAAGAGCAGCAUCCUGUUAUCUUGAGCAAGAUGGCUAAACACCACCGUCCACUAUGCAUGCGUCCAGGGUGUGUGUGUUGGGAUGAGAGGGGAAAUUGCGUAUGUCUGUCACUGGGGAGGGAAUGAAUGCUGCCCCUCACUGUCAGGAAGAACUCAGCCAGGGACUGGGAGGGGAGCAGUCAGAUGUCACCAUAACACAACGGGCUUCUGGGCUCGCUGGCUAGAGUUCAGUCCCAAAGCAAUACACAAGGGUGAACUGUGGUGGUAAUGAUGUCGGCUGGAAGCCUUCCUUGCCUCAUCCAACAAUGGAGUCAGAGACGGCCCCCAU